GACCAGAUGUUUCCGGAUGGCCUUUGAACAGGCUUAAAUUGGAGUGGAAUUGGCAACAAACCCUUGGAAGGCAAGCAAUGAAACCGUGGACAGCAAGGAGAAGGGGGCACUGAAGGUCGAGGCAACGCAGGAACCGAGGGAUAUCGCCAGCAUAUUGCCAGAAGUCGGAGGUAGCGAACCCGAAGCACCCUGUGCCGGAGUUUGUGACGCAGUUACACAACAAAAUUCUUAGUAGGCGCCCAAAGUUGGGGCUACAACAAGCUGCUAGCUGAAUCAACGUGUGCCAGCAAAUUGGUGCCACUCACACUGCACUCUGGAGCUCUAGAGGCGUAAGACCACGCUCUUCGACCCCCUCGCGAAGCUCAGGGACACGGCGGCUUUCACUUUCGCACUUAUCAGCGAGUUCAUUGGUCCACCUUCAACAUGGUCGUGGCGGCAUCCACCUGCCGGACGGAGACGGUCUUCGAUUACAGCUGGAUGAACGUGGUGGUCGCCUACUGGAACCGCUACCCAAAUCCCUCCAGCACCCACGUCCUCACCGAGGAUACCAUUCAGAGGGAGGUGCGCGAUGGCAAGCUCUUCUCGCGCCGACUCCUCUCCAAAACGAAUCCCGUGCCCAAGUGGGGAGCCCGCUUCUACAAUAAUGUGCCGGUCAAGAUUGUUGAAGACUCCGUGCUGGACCCGGUCAAAAAGACAUUUACCACAUUCACUAGGAACCUGGGCAUGACCAAGAUAAUGAAAGUCGAUGAAAUCGUCGUCUACAGCGAGCAGAAGGACGGCAGUACAGUGGCAGUGCGAAGAGCCUACAUCAGCUCGCAGGUGUUCGGAUUCUCGCGGGCCAUUCGAGCCUUCGGCAUCGAACGGUUUAAGGCCAACGGCAACAAGGCCUCCAAUGGAUUCAACUACGUGCUGCGGCGCAUGUUUCCGGACAGCUUGGUGGGUGGAGGACAUCACCAGCACGCGGUGACGACGACUUCCUCAGCCGGAGAACUUCCAGUAACGACCACCACCGUAUCCACCUCAACCGGCAAUCACAACAACCCAGGAACGCUAAAGAGCGCCGCGAAAGUGGGCUACGAGUUCUUCAAGAGUCACGCCUCCAAGAUUGCGCAACUGUUUUCUGUCAAGAACUGAGUGACGUCUAACUUGAAUUUUUGGAAUAGAUGUCGAAUGAGACCGAGGAUUCUAAUGCUUUCGGCUCAGGAGUUAAAGAUUUUGCGGUUUUGGCCAGGACGGAAUUAGAAUGAGGGGCGGAGUCGUCUCGGCGGCUGUUUUAAAACGUAUAUUCCAAAGCAAGUCCACUACAUACUUUGCUGCAUUUCAUUCCGUGUGUGCGCGAGUCAACCGGCUGAUCUAAAUGGAGACACUACUUGCUGAACACAUUUCCUGCAUCCUACAAAAUUUAAUUAUUUAUCAUUAGUUAUUUGCAUUACAUUAUUAUGUACCAUUCUGUUAGGUCAAAAGGAAACGAAAAGCCGUGUGUCAAAAUUGGUAUUGCUAUGUAAUCUGUUGUAUAUUUUUAUCAAAAAAUAAGAAACAAACACUUGUAAUUCUUAAAAGUGUAAUUAAUAAAAUAAACUUAGUUUGUUAGAA